GACUUGUGUCUGCAAAUAAAGUUUUAAUGUUACGUUGACAGGCGACCCCGCCCCUAUUCCAUCCCUGUGCUCCUAUUGGUCAGGUAGAACGUCAGCUGCUGCAGCAAGGAUGCACGUGCUUACCGGCGCGUUUCAAGAUCAAGAUGGCAGCCUCCGUGUGUCGGUGCUACGAGCUGAUGGGCAGAAAUGCCAUGGCACUCUGCUCUCGGUCUGUGGUGUCUGCAGCAUGGCGAGGAGAUGCGUACAGAUUACACAGGACGCCAGCCGCAGCUGUGCAGAUCCGAUAUUCUUCUGGACGUAAAGGUUUUCUGGGAGAGUUUGUUGAUAACCUCCGUCAUGAGUUCAGUAAGAAUCAGGAAAUGAAGGAGAACAUCAAAAAGUUCAGAGAGGAAGCCAAAAGGCUUGAGGAGUCUGAUGCCCUUCAACAGGCCCGCAGGAAAUAUAAAUCUAUUGAGGCCGAGACUGUGAAGACGUCAGAGGUGUUUAAGAAGACCUUGGGCUCUUUGUCAGAGACUGUCAAAGAGGGUCUUGACGAAGUGAGUCGUACAGACAUCGGGAGGAAGAUGAAAGAGGGUUUGGAAGAAGCAGCCAGGACGGCCAUGCAUUCUGCAGAGUCUGUCUCUAAAGGAGGAGGAAAACUAGGCAGGAUCACUGCAUUCAGAGCCAUCUCACAGAGCGUGGAAACCAUGAAAAAGGAGAUAGAUGUCGGUGAUGCCGGCCCCUACAGGGCUCCUGCUCAGCUGAGGAUGAGGAGCGAUUUCUCAUCUAAAGGAGGAGACAGUAGCACCAGAGUUUUUGAGGCAAAUGAAGAUGCUAUGGGUGUCGUUCUUCAUAAAGAUUCAAAGUGGUACCAGCAGUGGAAAGACUUCAAGGACAAUAAUGUAGUUUUUAACAGAUUCUUUGAGAUGAAGAUGAAAUAUGAUGAAAGUGACAAUGCCCUCAUCAGAGCAUCCAGAGCUGUCACUGACAGAGUCACAGAUUUUCUAGGUGGUCUUUUUUCCAAGACAGAAAUGUCCGAGGUGCUGACGGAGAUCCUAAAGGCCGACCCUAAUUUUAAUAAAGAUUCUUUUCUCAAACAGUGUGAGAAAGAUAUAAUUCCUAACGUCCUGGAGGCUAUGAUCCGGGGAGAACUGGAUGUAUUAAAGGAUUGGUGCUAUGAAGCUACAUACAGUCAGCUGGCCCACCCCAUCCAGCAGGCCAGGGGUCUGGGGCUUCUCUUCCAGUCCAAAGUCCUUGACAUUGAUAACAUAGAUCUGGCGAUGGGUAAGAUGAUGGACCAAGGACCUGUGCUGAUCAUCACCUUCCAGGCUCAAGUCGUCAUGGUGAUCCGCAGCCCCAAAGGAGAUAUUGUGGAAGGAGAUCCGGAGAAGGUGAUGAGGAUGAUGUAUGUUUGGGCCUUGUGUCGUGACCAAGAGGAGCUGAACCCAAAUGCAGCCUGGAGGCUCCUGGACAUCUCCGCCUCCAGCACCGAGCAGGUCCUCUAAGAGGAGAAGUAUGAGGAGGAAGCACGGAUGUGGAGAGAAUCAUCUGGGACACAAACUGAGAAGAUGGGCAGAAGAUUCCAACAUGUGUCUGGAUUACCAGCUCAUGCUGUGUACAGUACAUUAACUUAAGAUAAACCCUGCUCCUUUGUGACUGCGUUUGCACACAUUUCCCAUCAGUAUCCAGAGAUGUACAGUUGUACAAACUUGACCACUCUGGCACAAAAAUAUGCCAGUGGAGACCAUACAUAUGGAUUAUUUACUGAAAUCUGCAUCCUGUUUUAAGGUGAAGUCUUUCACACUAAUCAGCUCAGUGUUUGGAUUGACUGGUGUAUGAAUACAGCUGUUAUUUUUCUUAGAAGGGAUGGAGCCCAUCUUUAAUACAGCUGUCAGGAGCCAUCGUUAUCCAGUGGUACAGUCCAUCCACAAUCUACAUGUUGCACGAUUCAAAGGAACCUGCCACUGGAAGUGGAAAGCACUGGAUGUGCAUCUGUUGUCUGAAUUCAACUUGAAUCCUUAACUGCGAUCUUUGUUCUGCACUGAAAAUGAAAAUAUAAGCAACAUCAUGGAUGAACUCCAUUCUUUUGCAGGAGGCAUAGUGUAACAAACUUCACUCUUUCAUCUUUGCAAUAGAUGCAUUCAGGCGAAAACAUUCAAUUGAUGUCAUUUGCAUUUUGCUAGCACUCCUAGACCAAGACACUAUUGUUAUAGCUGUGCAUAUAAAGAUUAUAGACAUAUUCACACAAAUACUGUAUGAAAUAGAAGCAUCUUUUCUGUUUGAGAAGGAUGACUAAAGAACUGGGCUGACUUACUCCAGUGUGAAUGUGCAGCUAAUAGUGUUGAACAAGAAAUGUAAAACUUCUCUGAUGAUUCUCAUUCAACAACCCUUACAGUCACCAUGAAGACAACGAUGAGAGAAGUAAAGAACUUAUCCACUGAUUAAGCUGUCUCAGCACUGACUAACAGCUUAGCUAGCUUUUGUUCACACCAGAAGCUUAAUAGAUGGAGACAAAAGAUGGAGAUUUAAACAU